AUGGCACGGCGAAAGAAACCCCUGGCCGGCACCAUGCCAUCAUCGCCGCCCCUGUUGCUGUCUACAGAAAUAUGGCAGCAGCCCAUCACCUCGGACUCUGGGGCCAGCUCCGACGAGUCUGACGACUACUUUGAUCAGCAGAACCGGACGGCCUUUCCUCCUCUCAUGCCCACCGUCCAGUCACGCAAGGCCGUGGAGAGGGACCGGAGGAAAAUCACAGACGUCAUCACGAACAAGGUCUCGCGCCUCGCGCACUCUCGCAGCCCCGUUCCCAGCUUGGAGUCGGACGCAUCGUCUGUAGCAUCGACCAUCUCGUCAGGGGAUGACGGCGUGCAGCAUCUGUGGGUUCUCAUGAAGGAGCGUCGCCAGAGAGUCUACGGCAUCAAGCAGGAGAUGGCUAGCAGGCGCAGACAUCUCCGCGAGCUGCGUCGGAGGAAAGACGAAGCCGACAACGCGUUCAUGAACAUGCUGCGCCCCAUCCUCAUCAGGGGUCGGCGGAGCACGCUGGGCACGUUGGACGACACCCUGGACAAGAGAUUCGCCGACAUGCAGAAACUGCGCACCGACUACCAUUUCUUCGAGUCGGACUACGAAAAUCUCGAGGUCAGUCUGGACGAGCAGGAGGAAGAUCUCAUCAACAUUGAGACACGCUUCUUCAGCAUCUUGGCCGCCGGCAGCACGAGCGCGGGGCAGGAAUUCGAAAUGGAGGAUUCAGACGACGACGAGCUCGCGGAGCAGUCGAGCAUGCCGUACGACUUGAUGGGCAUAUCCCGCCAUGGGCCCACAGAGGAGGCUCACCCGCUGUGGCAGGACCUCGUAUCCGCCAUCGGAGAUCUGGAAAACGCCAAAGACGAGUACGGCGACCUGAUUCUCAUCCACGACCAGUACGCGUACGGCAUUGAGGUCAAGAAAACUGCGGGCAAACGGCCGAACGCGGACGAGAUUGAGUUCAUUGACGGCUACCCCAGCGAAGAACGCGAGAAACGAGAGAAUGUCGACCGCCUGGCGGAGGAGGUGAAACGACUGAAGCAAAUCUGCGAGGAGAACGGCGCGAUGAAGAAGCAUCCCUCUUUCCGGAUAGCGUACGCCCUCGACCCUGACAUUGGCGAAGACAUGUCCCUCGACGACCUGGGAACCAAGACGGGGAGCGUCGCACACCCGCGGUUCCCGGAGCUCCUGUCCUGCCCGGACUACCUGCUCCGCCCGGAACCUCUCACGGCUCUCGGCAACCUGAGGCGGGCCGUGAGGCUUCCGGCGAACGACCCGACCAAGAAGCGGCAGUUGCACGCGGCCCAAAAGGAGUAUGCCAUUUCCAGGCUCAUGAGCGAGUUCAAGGGAGACGACAAGGCGGAUUUUGUCACCCGGUGGCUUCUGGAUCAGCUGAGAACGUCGCCCCUUGCCGUUGAGUUCCUGUACACGACGUUUGUGCACGAGCACCGGCUGCGGAUCGAGAACCGACACCGAUGGCAGCAGGACGUCCUCUUCCACUGGUGGCGGGACGGCGCUGUCAAGUCUCGCGACGACUUUAUCGGGCCGCUCACCGGCAGUGGCAUGGCAUCUCCCGCGCAGGGCCUCACUCGCGACGUGUCCGCAGAAGUCGUCGAAAGCCCCCCGGCAUCGUCAACCUCGCAGACGCCGACCCAACAGGAGGAGGAAGAGGUGUUGUCAGACACGCGGGGCCGACAGAUGGAAGUCUAUUGA